GAAGUGCUAACGCACGCAGCAAACUAAGACGUAAAUAAUGGAAUGCGUGCAUUUGUGGCCACGCUCACCCUCACGCCAAGGUAAGUACAGUGGAGCUUCCGUACGUAACGCGUAGACGAUGAGUGGAUGGGUUUUUCAAAAAGCAAGCGAACAAAGAGACGUAGCAAAUAGUUAGAUGUUCAAAAGAAAAAAGGACCAUGGUCGUGCUACUUGUCGUGUCACCAGUGUGUCGCGCUUCCACAAAUAAACCGUCAAAGCGGCUCCGUAGUCCCUCUAAUACCCCCGUUUCAUCCGCAAAAUGGCGUCUUUUUUAGGGUCAUCAAGCAGUAGUAACUACCACCAGAGAAUCCUGGGCAAAAACCGAGCGGAAGUUGUAGACGACCAGCAAGCUACUAUUUUAGAGGACAUCGACCUCGGCACCCCGGUCGACGACCCGGACGACCGAAGUUCCACCUCGGACUUCGGCGGCCAUAGAAGUAGCGCGGCCAGGGUCGCGAGGCUCCACCAAUUGCUCUUUAACAGCGAUAGCACUUCUUUUAAUAACAAUCCAUCUAGCUUUGGUAGUUUUCUGAAAUCCAUAACCGCGCAGUGCUUAAACUACAGUGCGGUCAAGCGCUAUUUCUGUCUCUCCGCUUUUCUACUCGGCAUCUGUUUUCUCUUCGCAGGUUGUGGUACUAGUAACUCCAGUACAACUAGUCCUACGGGGAUUCUAACGGGGAAUAGACAAAGCGCAAGCAGCGGAGCUACUACAUCCAGUAGUUCUUCCUCAGCUUCCACUAGCGCGAAGAACAACCUUCAGUCCACCCGUACUAGCUCCUCCUCCUCCCGCAGUCUGAGCACGACCAUGUCGCCGGUUUUACCACCCGCGGGCGACGGGGCGACACACAAAAACCCGCUGCUUUUCCCGGGGUCCCAGCUCUUCCCGCCGUUUGGCGAGGUGACGCCGGACCAUGUGGAACCCGGCAUCGAAGAGCACCUGCAGCACGCUUUGAAGUCGUUGGAGCAGCUGGAAACGAAAAUCAAGGACGAGCUUGCGAAGCCCACGCCCAACCUCACCUACGCCGAGGUUGCGCUAGAAGUGGAGCAGUUCGAUGACAAGCUCUCCCGGGCGUGGGGCGUGGUGAAACACUUGAAAUCGGUGAAGGACUCCGACGCGCUGCGCGCGGUCGUGGAGAAGAUGCAGCCGAAAGUAAUCGAAUUCGGGCUCCGGAUGGGGCAGAGCGAGGAACUGUACAAGGCCUGGCAGUUUCUGUCGGAACAGGAUAAGAAGGAGAAAACCUUUAUCCUAAGUAAAAACGUCCCCACCCCAGAGUUGUCAUGCAAAUUUGCAUGCCAAAAAAGUUUCUCAUGCGGAGCCUCAUGAGAGCCAUUUUCUAGUCGUGUUGUGGAAUUUGUGAUGCUACUAUCGGCAUGAUAUGCUAGAUCUGUGAUGCUUCGGAACUAGCUAAACAGGAUCACACUACCAGGACAAACUUGUCAUGCGAAGCAACCAUAUCUGGUUGAUUUGUCUAGCAGAUUUCCCAGCUUAACUCUGUUAUGGGGACGCUUUUACUCAGGAUAACCUUCUCAAAAAGCCAGGCCCGGAUCGUGGAGCACGAGCUGCUGGCGGCGAAAUUGUCGGGCGUUGGGCUGACCGGGGAGAAAAAAGUCAAGUAUAACGCGAACACAAAGAGGAUGGGCGAACUGAAAACGAAAUUCACGAACAACUUGCAGGAUGCAACCAAGGCAUUCUCGGUCAAACUCACGAAAAGGGUAUGUUGAUAUCCACUUCGUUGAGUUGUAUGCGAUAAAAUGUAAUUUGGAUGAGCAUGCGGAUGUGCAUGUCGAUUUUUCUACGUCUCUUGUCAUGUGUUUUCAUGCAUCAAUCUGGCGAAGAAUGAGAAUCAUUUCUUACGCUCUAAAAAUAAUAAUAAUAUGAAUACGAUGACGUGCGGCUCCUGGUGACACGCCGCACGGGACAGAAAGGAUACUGUAAAACCUUAAAUAAUGCUCUCUUCAAAAUGAAAAUACGAAUAUCAGGAAGAAGUCGCGGGCUUACCAACCUCAGCGCUGCAACUCGGAGCUCAGCAAGCAAAAACGAAAGGUAAUCAAUUGUAGAGGAGCUUUUUGGUUUUUCGUCGUAGCAAAAAAAGAUUAAAAAAAUCCAAACUUGUGUUGCGCCAGCACCUGCAAAAGUUGGUGCUGAUCAUGUCGUCUACCUAGACCUCCUUUGAUGUACUCUUUCCCGCAUCCUCAUCACUUGAGACGAAGAUCAUGUUAACAACUCAAGAUCAGCAUCAACAAGAAUAAACACCGGAAAAGAAAAAUCCCCAACAACGAACUCCAGGCAAGGAAGAGUCUGCCACCGCUGAAGACGGUCCCUGGCUGUUCACCCUGGACAUGCCGUCGUAUUUGCCGGUGAUGCAGCACUCCACCGACCGCGAGCUGCGGAAGAAGAUGUACCAGGCGCAUCUGAAGCGGGCGAGCGAGUUCAGCACGGAUCUGAAGGACUAUGACAGUGCACAACUCCCCCUCCCCCUCAUUUGUAUAGCAUGAACGGCAAUACAAGCAUCAGCAAGGGUGCCGGUUUUGCAUGACAGAUUUCCACUGGAUUGUAGUGCUAUUCGGGCUACCAGAACUUGUCAUGCAUAAGUAAUAGUGACAGGAGGCAAAGCGUGGAUUUGGUAUUUUGCAUGAGAAAUGAGAACGAGGGGGAGUUGUGCAAUGUGACAAGGACGAGGAGGGGAAAAUCAAGGACAACACGCCGCUGAUGGAGGAAAUCCUGAAACUGCGCCAGGAGAACGCGGAGCUGCUUGGGUACAAGAAUUACGCCGAGGUGUCCAUGGCAAAAAAGAUGGCGACCUUUGAGUCCGCGAACAAGUUGAUCGAGGAUUUGCGGUCCAAAUCGUACGCGACGGCGGUGUAUCCUGUGCAAAAGUAUCGUACCCGUAGUAAGUAAUUGCAUUUAUGCAUUACAAAUCUCUUUCUCAAGGUAAAUCAGCAUUACAAAUUUAAUUUGUAACGCUGGGCUAAUCUGUAAUGCAAUUUAUACUAGUACGAUGCUUUUGCAUUGCAUACGGUGAAGGAACUGGAAGACUUGGAGAAAUUCGCGAAGACGGAGUACGAAAAACUGCCGUUCCCGAAGGACGAGAAGCUGAUGCAGUGGGACGUGCCCUACUACGCGGAACGAAUGAAAGAGAUGAAAUACGAGUUCAACGAAGAGGAGCUGAAGCCCUACUUUUCCUACGCGUUGCAAAAGCGAAAGUGUCCUCGCGGUAGUACUGGUGGCAUAUACAAAUUUGCAUUUGCUCUUUAGCAUGAUGUCGACAAGCGGAAUAACUUGUCAUAAUUGCUGAGUUGUUUAUUUUUUCCUGUAGUAGACAUCACCAGGUGCAGGUUUGUAGUCAUAUCUAUUAGAUACAGUAUUGCUACUACUGCGCCCUCGUGCGAUACAAGAACUUUUGCCGUUGAUAUCCCCUUACCAAAGGUCCUAUCGGGGCUGUGGAACCUGGCGAACAAGUUAUUCGGGAUUUCCAUCCGGGAAAUCGCGUCGGCCGAGGAAAAAACAAAGCUCGGAGUCUCCCUCUGGAACGAGGACGUGAUGGUGUUUGAGAUAGUCAAGGACAAUGAAGUGGUUUCCUACUUCUACCUCGACCCGUUUUCCCGGCCUGAAACGAAAAAGGGCGGCGCGUGGAUGGACGAGGUGUGCGGGAGGACCGCGAACCCGGAGCUGGUGCAAGGAGAGAAGAAGAUCCGACUGCCCGUCGCGCACAUGGUGUGCAACCAGACAGUAUGCAUAAUUGCAAAAGUUUCGUGCUCAUACUGGUACUAGUAACUGCCACGCCGCGUGUUGACAGAUCUGCUUUUACUCGACCUGAAUGCGCAUUUUCAAAAUGUUGAAAAAGCUUCAUUGUCGUCCUUGGAAAAAUUCGCAACGCAGUUGCCGCUGUAUGCGAGGAUAGUACAACUUUUGCAAUCCAUAAACGCCGCCGGUGACGAGCGGCGAGAAAAAAAUCCCGUCGUUGAUGAACUUCCGGGAGGUCGAAACCUUGUUCCACGAAUUCGGCCACGCGCUACAGCACAUGCUGACCAAGGAAUCCGAGGGGAUGGCGGCGGGAAUCCGGAACGUUGAAUGGGACGCGGUAGAGCAGCCGUCGCAGUUCAUGGAAAAUUGGUGCUACGACAAACCAACCGUGGACUCCAUGGCGAUUUGCCUCAGACCGUCAAAAAAAUUCUGCGCGCAUUUUUUCGCGUCGCAAAGCUAGUAAACCUGUGCACGCAAGUGAAGGGCUGACCUGAACGCGGUUUGUUUUAGCUAGCUUGUCAGCAGCAGAGCUCUAGUAGGUAGGUGAGUACUGACGUGGAGGAGGGCGGGGCGUUGAGGGUUCUUUGUUGGCUGAUGUUUUCACAUAGAAAACGCCGGGCGCCCGCAAUGUUUUGCUUUGUUUUCCGGAUUGCUCUCUCCGUGAAGCUAGUUGCCGCUAUGGCCUGGGUCAGGGUGUGAGGCUGCAAGCGCCCCCCGAUAUGUCUACUCAGGCCCUGGCGUCGUCGUCUCUAGCGGGUGCCGCGCACAUAUAUUGGCCGCGAAGGCCUAUCCGGAGCCCUUCCAAAAAGGGGGGGCCGCAGGGGUGCCCGGAACCCUAAAAAAAAACCCUACCGCUUUUUCUUCGAAUCACGAUGGUGCUACCCCUCCCCAAAAGGGGUCCCGGAACCCCUCUCGGAACCCCUCCCGAAAGGCUCUCGGGCUUUUCGCAUUUUCAAGAAAAAGCCGCAAAGGCAAAAAGCGCGCGCGCCUGCCGGUGCACGCGCGCACAGCUGCGCGACAUUAGAAACAAGGGGGAGCGCAGCCGCGGCCGGUUCCAUUUGCGCCAGCGGCUCCGACCGACUUGCACAGAUUGAGACCCAUUGUCUAGCGGCUGGACUGCAAGAGAACCUGCUGCAGCACCUCCAGGUUGCACGGGCGCUCCAAGGCAAGUCUGUGGAGCAGCAGCGCCGGAUAGCUCCGUCUUUAGCCACUGAGAAGCGCUGCGAAUAAGCUAGCGAGUUCAUUAGGUGCGCAACAUAGCGGGAGGCUAUACGCGUGCAGCAUGAUGGGCAUUAAAUACAAAAAAAGGCGCGCGGAAAUUUUUUUACAGCUUGAGGCAAAUACAACUUUGGCGACCCCAUAGGUGCUACGACAAGCCAACCGUGGACUCCAUGGCGAUUCACUACGAAACGGGGGAAAAACUGCCGGACGCGCUGUUUCAGAAGCUGGUGAAGGCCAAGAACUACCGGGCGGCAAGCAUGAUGCUGCGACAGCUCCACUUUUCCUUCGUCGAUUUAGAGUUGCACUCCAGGUACUACACUGCUGCUGGAGAUGGUUCCUCUGCAGAAAAGUCCGACCCGGUGAAGAAGGCAGAACAGACCAUAUGAGAGUGCACAACCACACCCCCUUGCCUCCCUCCUUUGGAAUGGAAAACUAGCAACACCAGAGAGAGCUAGGAUAGAAAUGUGUAUGCUCUGCGUGAGAAAUCUUAGUCUACAACGAACAUAGCGUGGCGUUGUUUGUGGGUCUCACUUCUCUCAUGCAAAAUUUUUGAAACGUAGGAAAAGACAUCGCGUUUCGCACGCCAAAUGAAGAAGGGGAGGCGAAGAUGAACUUUUUGUGCACUCUCAUACACCAUGUGGGAAGUGGACAAGAAGGUCUCGGACAAAUUUGACGUCCUACCACUACUCCCCUACGACCGCUUUCUCUGCUCCUUCGCGCACAUCUUCGCGGGCGGCUACGCAGCGGGCUACUUCAGCUACAAGUGGGCGGAAGUCUUGUCCGCGGACUGCUUCGCCGCGUUCGAGGAAGUUGGGCUGCAGAACGAGAAGGAGAUCGAAAAAACUGGACGAAAAUUUGCAGAUACGGUGCUGGGGCUCGGCGGAGGCGUCGCGCCGUUGGAGGUGUUCAAGGAAUUUCGCGGUCGGGAACCAACCGUGGAUGCGCUGUUGAGACACAAUGGACUGUCCUAGCGGACGCGAGCGCUCGGAUCGAGGAUGUACAGAAAUGAAACCGUGCCCCCUGUGACGAACAGUUUUUUAAAUGUGGUUAGGUCAACAUCGAAAGGUGAAUUAUUGUGCGCGACAGAUGACCAGCACUCUAACGCCGCUGCUGUAGGUACUUGUGCAGAGCAGUUAAAGCAAAGUCAAACGUUAAUCUUUCGAUAGAGAGUGGCUGGAUGAAAAAAAGUCAGUAAUGUGGUUUUGGUUUAUAACAAGAAAGAGAAAAGAACGGACAGUGAACAACAACCAUGACAACCAGCUGUCAGCACGCUUGAGUGUCUAUCUGCGAUGCGGCAGUAGGCGAUGCUGCUGUUGUGUGUGUGUGUGUCUCAUGGGAACAGCGUGUUGUCCCAAGGCAGCGGUUGUAUCCUG